GAGCCCCGAGACGGGGACCGCCAGCAAGGGCCAGCAGAGGAAAGCAAGGACAGGCGGGCAAGGCAGGCAGGGCUCGGGAAGGCGCAGUGCGGAGAGACCCGUGGGAGCGAGCUGUGGGCAGCAUGUCCGGAGCAGAGGAGGUCUGCGCGGUGCCCGAGCGGGAGAGGGAGCCCGAAGCGACGUGUUCCGGGGGCCUCUCCGAAGGCGGCGAAGCAAAGGCCAAAAAGAGCCGCUCCUCCCGGUCCUCCCGGGCCGGGCUGCUCUUCCCGGUGAGCCGCGUAGACAGGCAGCUGCGCAGAGGCCGCUUUGCCGAGCGCUUUGGAGCCAGGGCCCCCGUCUAUCUGGCUGCGGUGCUGCAGUGGGUGACGCACAAGACCAUGGACGCGGCCGGCAAGAUUUCCAAGAAGAGCAAGCAGCAGCGCAUUUCUCCGUCGCACUUGCAGGCGGCGGUGCGGAAGAGCUCUCUGCUCAAGCAGCUCCUGCGAGGCGGCGUGCCCAGGCGUGGCGGCAGGGCUGUCCCCCGAAGCCAGCGUGUGGCCUCGCCGCCCAAAAAGGAGACGACCAAGAGUAAGAAGAGACGCCCCAGGCGAAGGGCCGCACCUGCCCGUGCCACUGCUGCUGGCGAGUGAGAAGGCGGCAGAAGCUCUUGCCCCACG